AUGUCGAUUGGUGCAUCUCUUGCUGGGUUUCACACAUCAAUAAGGCCUGUGGUUGCAGUUGAUGGGACAUUUUUGAAAGCAAAGUACUUAGGGACUUUAUUUAUUGCAGCGUGUAAAGAUGGCAACAAUCAGAUAUACCCUUUAGCCUUUGGGAUUGGUGAUUCAGAAAAUGAUGCCUCAUGGGAGUGGUUUUUACAAAAACUACAUGAUGCACUUGGACACAUUGAUGAUUUGUUUGUGAUAUCAGAUCGACAUGGUAGCAUUGAGAAAGCAGUACAUAAAGUAUUUCCCCAUGCGAGGCAUGGUGUCUGCACUUAUCACGUUGGACAAAAUUUGAAGACAAAGUUCAAGAAUCCUGCAAUUCAUAAGUUGUUCCAUGAUGCUGCCCAUGCUUAUCGUGUUUCAGAGUUUAAUUUUAUAUUUGGGCAACUAGAGAUGAUUGACCCAAGAGCAGCAAGAUAUUUGAUGGAUAUAGGUGUUGAUCGAUGGGCACGUUCAUAUUCUACCGAAAAAAGAUAUAAUAUCAUGACGACAAGGAUCGUUGAAAGCCUUAAUGCUGUGUUGAAAAAUGCUAGAGAUCUUCCGGUUUUGCAAUUGGUUGAAGAAUUGAGAAACUUACUUCAAAAAUGGUUUGUGACUCGUCAACAACAAGCAAUGUCAAUGUCAACUGAACUUACCAUGUGGGCUGAUGGAGAACUUCGUUCUAGGUAUAAUAUGUCAGCAACAUAUCUAGUGGAACCUAUCAACUCCAAGGAGUGUAAUGUUAACUAUGCUGGCAUUAGUGCUCAAGUGAAUUUAGACACUCGUUCAUGCACAUGUCGACAAUUUGAUCUUGAUCAUAUUCCAUGUGCACAUGCUAUUGCUGCUUGUAGAUUUUACAACAUUUCAUGUUACACUUUGUGCUCCAAGCAUUUUACUACUAAAGCAUUGUUAUCUUCAUAUUCAGGGUGUAUUUAUCCAACUGGAAAUGAAAUAGAUUGGGUAGUACCUAAUCAUAUUCGUGAUAAAGUUGUGUUACCACCUAAAACAAGACGCCCAACAGGAAGACCAAGGAAAGUAAGAAUUCCUUCUGGUGGAGAGGGCAAGCGCACAUCUCGUUGUAGUCGAUGUGGUCAAUAUGGGCAUAAUCGGAAAACAUGCAAACGACCAAUCCCUUGA